GACGGAUCUAGAUCCUUUAGAUCUCGGAAGUUCUUAGGGGGCGUCCAAUGGCAAGAUGGCGGCGCUGACAGCUCCAUGGCUAUCUCGGCUCUGGAUUCACACCACUAGACCGAGCUCUCUGGCUGCUCUUCACACUAGAGCUUGGCACCCUACAACAGAAAAUGAAGAUGUUGCCACUAACUUACAGAUUAGACAGAAGAGCAGUGCAGUAAGUGCACCAAAACCAUCUCUGCCAAGCAGCCGCGGAGAGUAUGUUGUCACAAAGCUUGAUGAGCUGGUAAACUGGGCACGCAGGAGCUCCCUAUGGCCUAUGACUUUUGGCUUGGCUUGUUGUGCUGUGGAGAUGAUGCAUAUGGCUGCUCCGAGGUAUGACAUGGACAGGUUUGGGGUAGUUUUUCGUGCCAGUCCUAGACAAGCAGAUGUGAUGAUUGUGGCAGGAACCCUAACAAAUAAGAUGGCCCCUGCACUCAGGAAGGUUUAUGAUCAGAUGCCAGAACCGCGUUAUGUUGUAUCCAUGGGCAGCUGUGCAAAUGGAGGAGGAUACUAUCAUUAUUCGUACUCUGUGGUCAGAGGAUGUGAUAGAAUCGUACCUGUAGAUAUAUAUGUUCCUGGCUGUCCUCCCACUGCUGAAGCAUUGCUCUACGGAAUAUUGCAGCUGCAGAAAAAAAUCAAGCGAGAGAAGAGAAUGCGCAUUUGGUAUAGGAAAUAAAUGCGUUUUCAUUAUAUUUAUAAAAUGCUGAAGCACCGUGCACAUGGGUGUCCUGGGAUUACAGUCAGGACUGCUGUUUUAAAGCCCUGUGCUUUAUGUGACACAGUAAGGAUCACAGGUGUCUUCUGAAGUUUGUACAAAUAAACCUUUCUUUCCAAGUUCACGCCUGAAUGAGUUCAUAGGCUGUUUGUGAUAAGUAGAAGAGGUGUGAGAGAAUUAUACCUGCUCUCUAAUAACGGAGUGUACAUGUGAGCAGCUAAUAAAAGAAUAUGGAACAAGCCACAAA